AACCUCCUAAUGCUAUUUCUCCCGUUGAUCCUCUUUUCAUUACUGCUAUUCCUGCUACUCAUUUACAUAUUAUUUCUUUACCAAUAGCAUUGCGUCCAUUUCAAUCAGGUGAUCUGGAGCGACACCAGCUAGAUAGAAUGGAUCGAGUUUGCAGAAAUUGUGGUGCCAGCAUGUGGUCAGAGGAGAGAAAAACAAACUCUAGCAGAACGUCACCUAUAUUUACGAAUUGCUGUGUACAAGGCAAGGUUCUUCUUCCAGCUCUGCUAGAUCCUCCCCCUAUACUACAUGCACUUCUUACUGGCAUUGAUACCAAGGCACGUGACUUUUGUCGAAAAAUUCGGUCAUAUAACUCAGCCUUGGCCUUUACUUCUAUGGGUGCUAAGAUUAAUGAUCGUGUUACGGGUACUGGAGGUGUUUAUACAUUCCAAAUCCAUGAAGAAAUGUAUCACAAUAUUGGAUCCCUUCUACCUGCUCAAGCUACAGCAUCUCCACGUUUUGCUCAGCUUUACAUCUAUGAUACAGAACAUGAGGUGUUGAACAGGAUAACCAUGAUGCCUUCUCUAGACGCUACU